CAAUUUCAAUCCAACCCGUUAAACUGUGCAUCAUGUCAGCUGAGUGUCCGCCUAUGUUAGCUCUUCCUGUGGAAGUAUUGGAACACAUCUUUUCAUUUCUGCGCCUGAAUGAUCGUAAGGCAGCUUCGCUGGUAUGCCACUUAUGGAACGAAUUGGCCUUCAGUCGUCGAUUUAUGGGCAACGUACGGCUCAGACUCUUCGAUUAUUCCCGACAGGGAAGUUACCUUCGGAAAAGCUCCCGCCAAUACCGAAAUUUGAUCACCGAGGAGCUUACUGAAUCCAUCACGUGUUUUUGGGAGUUGUACGUUGAACGGUUGGAGAGCUUCGAAAGUGGUCAGUACUUGUACGAAGACCAACUGUGGGACUUGCUGAAACGCGCGCCGAAACUUCGACAGUUAUCAGCGGAAUCAGUCGUAAAAACCAAAACAUUGAACCCAGAAUGGAGCAACCUCUGUUUUCCGGCGAUGAAUCAUUUGCAAGAAAUGAGGAUAUUAUCAGAGUUUGUUCCGGUAACGGUGGUCGCCAUGCUGCACAGCCUGGCUCCACAGUUGAAGAGUUUAUGUUUAGCGAGGGAAGUCUGUACCCAUAUCAUUGAUCUUCAAUUUCCACUGGUGGAAGUUCUGGAGCUGGUUGGAUUGUAUUAUAAAAAACAAUCAAUUGCGAAAUUCUUGUGCGGGUUCAAAUCUCUAAAAGAAAUUUACAUGAAGUGCAGUGUUUUGAAUUCAGAGCUGGAUGCCAUAACGAACACAUAUCCAAACAUUACGAAACUGUGUUUGACCACAACUAAUUUGAAUCCAAAUGCAUUCUGUUUUUUGGAGCGACUGAAAAGUCUAAAGACAUUAAGUGUUCUUGGAAAAGUGGAUUCACGAUUCAUUCUACCAUGCAAACCUUUGAAGAGUGUUAAGCAGUUUACCAUAGAGGAGCUCUCCCCUGGACACCUGGCAUGUGACAUGAAAAGUCUGAAGCAGCUACUACCGAACGUGAUCGAUUUGAAAAUUACGCGUUUACAAAAUGAUGCCUGUGUUCUGAGCUCGCUACGACAAAACUUUUCUCAUCUCAAGCGACUAAGUUUAAAUGACAAUACGCACCACGAUCCAGAAAGUGAUCUUUUAGAAAACUUCAAAAGUUUAGAAGAGCUUACGCUUGGGAAGCGUACUCCGAGUACGUAUUUGAUAUCAAACAAAUGCCUAACUCGAUUGAAACUGGUUCAAUUUUGGUUAACGAAAAGGAUGCUGCGAGAUAUUUUAGAAGUUUAUCCAAAUCUUAAAUAUCUUGAGCUAAUAGAUUGUAUGUAUGACAUGCAGGAUAUUGAUUACAGAUGGAUACCGAAGUUUCCAUCGGCACUGACGGAAAAGAUCCAAAUAGUUGUUACCACAGAAGACCCGAGUAUUAAUUAUUAAGUUUAUUAUACAAAUGAAAUAAAUGAAUCUAUUAUUGAAAUCUUAA